GCGGCCAGAGGCAAAAGCAAGCAGCUCCAUACAGUUCUGCUCUCUUUCGGCCUACGCCUGCCCUGCCUCCCACUGCUGCCGCUGCUCCGUCCUCCGCAACAAUGGCGGUCGGCAAGAACAAGCGGAUUUCCAAGGGAAAGAAGGGUGGCAAGAAGAAAAUCGUCGAUCCUUUCUCCAAGAAGGAUUGGUAUGACAUCAAGGCUCCUAACACCUUCACGCAGAAGUCGUUGGGGAAGACCCUCGUCACCAGGACGGCGGGUACCAAGAUUGCUUCCGAUGGUUUGAAAGGUCGUGUGUUCGAGGUCUCUUUGGCUGACCUGCAGAAUGACGAAGAUCAGGCCUUCCGCAAGAUUAAGCUUAGGGCUGAGGAUGUGCAGGGCAAGAAUGUCCUCACCAACUUCUGGGGGAUGGACUUGACGACGGACAAGCUGAGGUCAUUGGUGCGCAAAUGGCAGAGUCUGAUCGAGGCCCAUGUGGAUGUCAAGACUACAGACAACUACCAGCUUCGCAUUUUUUGCAUUGCAUUCACGAAGAAGCGGCCAAACCAGAUCAAGAAAACUUGCUAUGCUCAAAGUAGCCAAAUUCGCCAGAUCAGGCGUAAGAUGAGGGAAAUCAUGACACGUGAAGCCCAAACUUGUGACUUGAAGGAACUGGUUGCCAAGUUCAUUCCCGAGGUGAUUGGGAAGGAAAUUGAGAAGGCAACCCAAGGAAUCUAUCCACUUCAGAACACUUUCAUCAGGAAAGUGAAAAUCCUUAAAGCUCCCAAGUUCGACCUGAUGAAGCUCAUGGAGGUUCAUGGAGAUUACAGCGAGGAAGUUGGUGCCAAGAUCGAUAGGCCUGUUGGAGAUGACACCGCGGCUGAUGCUCCUGCUGCUGAGGCAGUUCCCGGAGCCUAGAUAGUCAUCAUGUAUUUCGCUGAAUUCAGGAAAAUGCAAUGAAAUGUUCCAGGCUCUUCCUAGUCAUGGAACCUAUUUCGCAGUAUGCCAAUAUCAAA